CUGCGUAGUGACACGUCUCAUUCCGCGGUGGUCCUCGGGAGGGGGGACGGGGGAGUGCUCGUUCUCGCGGGAUCCCAGAGCGGCUGGCUCGGCCCCGCGCGAGCCGGGACGGGGAGGACCGACCGGGCCGCCGGCGGGGAAGGCAGCGGCGGCGGCGGCGGGCUGCGGGGGCGGGCGGCGGGGGCGGGCGGCCGGCGCGGCGCUGAGCGGCCAUGGCGGGGCAGCAGUUCCAGUACGACGACAGCGGCAACACGUUCUUCUACUUCCUCACCAGCUUCGUGGGGCUCAUCGUCAUCCCCGCCACCUACUACCUGUGGCCGCGGGACCAGCACGCCGAGCAAAUUCGAUUAAAGAAUAUAAGGAAUGUAUAUGGAAGAUGCUUGUGGUAUCGUUUGCGACUGUUAAAACCACAACAGAACAUAAUUCCUACAGUAAAGAAGAUAGUCCUCCUUGCUGGCUGGGCGUUAUUUUUGUUUCUUGCAUAUAAAGUUUCCAAAACGGACCGAGAGUAUCAAGAAUACAACCCUUACGAGGUUUUACAUUUGGAUCCUGGAGCAAGUGUAUCAGAAAUUAAGAAACAGUACCGUGCACUAUCGCUAAAAUACCAUCCAGAUAAAGGAGGAGAUGAAGUUAUGUUCAUGAGGAUUGCUAAGGCCUAUGCAGCCUUAACUGAUGAAGAGUCACGAAAAAAUUGGGAAGAAUUUGGUAAUCCAGAUGGACCACAAGCUACAAGCUUCGGUAUAGCAUUGCCAGCUUGGAUUGUGGAUCAGAAAAAUUCAAUUUUGGUUUUGCUUGUAUAUGGAUUAGCUUUUAUGGUUAUUCUUCCAGUCGUUGUGGGUUCCUGGUGGUACCGAUCAAUACGAUAUAGUGGAGACCAGAUUCUCAUUCGGACAACUCAAAUAUAUACAUAUUUUGUCUAUAAAACACGGAACAUGGACAUGAAACGGCUUAUUAUGGUUUUAGCAGGGGCAUCUGAAUUUGAUCCUCAGUACAAUAAAGAUGCUACGAGCAGACCGGCAGACAACAUUCAGAUACCACAGCUAAUCAGAGAAAUUGGUGGCAUAAAUGUAAAGAAGAAUGAGCCUCCACUCACCUACCCUUACAGCCUGAAAGCCAGAGUCCUGCUGUUGACUCAUCUUGCCAGGAUGAAAGUUCCUGAGGUCCUUGAAGAAGAUCAGCAGUUUAUCCUGAAAAAGAGUCCUGCACUACUUCAAGAAAUGAUAAAUGUGAUCUGCCAGCUAAUAAUAAUGGCUCGAAGCCGGGAAGAAAGGGAGUUCCGUGCUCCAUCUUUGGUAUCUCUGGAAAAUUGCAUGAAGCUUUCUCAGAUGAUUGUCCAGGGACUUCAGCAGUUCAAGUCUCCUCUUCUGCAGUUGCCUCACAUUGAAGAGGACAAUCUUAGGCGGGUCUCCAAUCAUAAAAAGUAUAAAAUCAAAAGUAUUCAGGAUUUGGUGAGUUUGAAGGGUUCUGAUCGUCGCAAUUUACUGCAUUUCCUAGAAGAUAAGAAAUAUGAUGAAGUUAUGGCUGUCCUUGGCAGCUUUCCAUAUGUCACUAUGGACAUAAAACCACAGGUUUUGGAUGAUGAAGACAGCAACAAUAUUACAGUAGGUUCUCUUGUCACUGUUCUGGUCACACUGACAAGACAGACCAUGGCAGAAGUGUUUGAAAAGGAACAGUCUAUAUGUGCAGCAGAAGAGCAACCAACAGAAGAUGGGCAAGGAGAUGUCAACAAAGUUAAGAGCAAAGGAUGGCAGCAAAAGAAUAAAGGAACCAAGAAAGCUUCAAAAUCAAAGAAAAAGAAGCCAUUGAAAAAGAAACCUGUACCACCUUCAUUGCAGCCACCGAAACAGCAGAAGCAAAAACAAGCUAAUGGGGAAGUAGUUGCGAAGGAAGAGGAGGAGGAGGUCUCUGAUAAAGGAAGUGAAUCUGAAGAAGAAGAAACAAACAGGGACUCUCAAAGUGAAAAAGAUGAUGGAAGUGACAGAGACUCUGACAGAGAACAAGAUGAGAAGCAAAACAAAGAUGAUGAAGCUGAGUGGCAAGAAUUACAGCAAAGUAUACAGAGAAAGGAACGAGCCCUUCUUGAAACGAAGUCAAAGAUAACGCAUCCUGUUUACAGUCUUUUUUUUCCUGAGGAAAAACAAGAAUGGUGGUGGCUAUAUAUUGCAGACCGGAAGGACCAGAACCUAAUAUGUAUGCCAUAUCAUGUUUGUACACUAAAAGAUAAAGAAGAGGUAGAGCUGAAGUUCCCAGCACCAGGCAAGCCUGGUAAUUAUCAGUACACAGUUUAUUUAAGAUCGGAUUCGUAUAUGGGAUUGGACCAGACGAAACCAUUGAAGCUGGAAGUUCAUGAAGCAAAACCAGUGCCAGAAAAUCAUCCACAAUGGGAUACAGCAAUAGAAGGUGAUGAGGACCAGGAGGACAGCGAGGGCUUUGAAGACAGUUUUGAGGAGGAAGAGGAAGAGGAUGAUGAUGAUGAUUAAACAAUACUAUUGAUUGACUACAAUAUCUGCACACACUGCAAACUCUUGGUCUGACUGUGGAACUGUAAAAUAACCAAGAAACACAGUACAGAAGCUUUGAGAAGGCUGAAUUUAAUUUUUCUUUACCAAUUAAGAGUGCAUUAUGUAACUUCUCAGUGGAGGUAAAACAAAUCUGUUGCCAUUGAUACACCUUGGGAUAUGCUUAUGGCUCAUUAUAGCCUUCAAGUGCAGGAUGGUGCAUUUGUUUCAAUUGAAAAUAAAAGCUUUUUUAUUAUAAA